CUGGCUCGACCCCCGAAACGUAUUGUUGUAUAUACUCCAGCAUAUAUAUGUGUCCCUCUGGCCUCUCCCAUUCAUAGACGAAGCUUGAUUCUUUCCGAGGACAGACAAAAAGCUUUCACAGAGCGCAAAGUGACCAACAAUUCUUGUUUGUGAAAAUACCCCAAGCCGCUGGUGUUCACAGACGAAUCUCGUCGAACAUUGACAGGAUCCGACUACAAUGGAAGGAAUCUACCGUUACCAAGACACCGAGGAGGCAGAGACCCAGUCGAGCUCGCUGUUCGUGCAACGCGCAGAGGCUGUGUCAGUGAAAGAAGGUGAAUUGACUGACGAGUAUAUAGUGAACUUGAUGCAUGAAUAUGAGAACAGUCAACCCGAAUUUGAUCAUUUUCACCUACUAAAACUCUCCGAUGCAAAGUCAGAUGUCCUCGACAUUACAAGAGAAAUGACUCCCCAAUGGUGGGACGCGCGGGACCAUGGAAGUGGAUCUCCAGCGAUAGUUCCUACACUCGAAGUACCUGAAGAACUCACCUACCCACAACCAAGCGUCUCUCCUUACGCUACAAUAAGCUAUCUAUCCCCUGAAGGAGUUUAUGCAGACGAAGAGAUAGCUAAUAGCCCCAUGUUGACGUUCUCUGAUUCUCAUAUGUCUGGACAUCAUCUCGUGCCUUUCCCAGACCAGAGUCACUGUAGGAUGACACGACCAAGGUCUCCAUCAGGCAUCUAUGAAGAUCUUACUCAAGCAGAACCUUUAUCUGAAGUACCUAGUCAGUCUUUCCCCUCACCAAUCCCUAUUUUUGCUGGGGAUAACGUCGUAUCCCAUGAAGGCAAGGACCCAUCAAAGAAAAAACGUGGUCGAAAGCCAAAAUCGGAAGCAGAAAAGGCUGCAACCCUUGAACAACGGCUGGCAAAGAGAAAUAGAGUCAGAGUGUACGAAAUUGAGAAACCUUAUGAAGAUAAGGAUAUGGAGAGAAAACGAUUAAAUGCCAUUAAUUCUAAGAAGCAUCGAGAUCAAGAAAAGCAACUGAAAAAGGAGAUGGAAAAACAGUUUGCUGAUACCGUCAUCGAGAGAGAUAUUUUGAAGCAACAAAAUGAGGAACUGCAGAGAAAGCUGGAUGCUGCAUUGCAGAAGGUUGCAGAUACCGCUAAUGAACGAAAUAUCCUAAAGCAAGAAAAUGGGCAACUCAGUAGAAAGCUAGAUGUUGCACUAAAACAGCUUGAAGCUUUUAUGAAGCAGUAUGGGUUUCCACGCGUUCUCACUUAGAACAUUUCCCAAAAAACUGGCUUAAGAAAUGAAUCUUUGCAGUUUGGUGCCUGUUUCAGCUGUCAUUUUGAUCUCCGGACCUCAGGGGCAGCAAGAGGUGGCGACAGAAGUCCUGAUGCCCCAAAACGAAGUCUCCCUAAGACCAUGUGAUAAUUUUUACACCACGAUAGCAAAAGGUCUACUUCCUUUUGCAGUCUUACAUUCGUUACUCAUUCCCUUGAAGAGCAAGAGGUCUAUGUCCUUUUGCUUAUAAACACUUACUUGUCAGCACAUCUACAUUUCAUAUUUCCUCACCUGACAUAACAUCUAUCACUUUUCACCACAUCUACAUUUCAUAUUUCUUCACCUGACAUAACAUGUAUCACAAUACUAACUCACAUUCUUACAUUUAGUUAACACAUGAAGGGAAUUGGUAAACCCCUUAUUCGGUUUUGUUGUUCAAAGUGGUACUUUUGUUACAUCUGUGAUAUCAAUAUUUAUAUAGCAGAGACCACAGUUUUCGUAUAUUCAGUGUAAUCGUGGCUGUUUAAUAGCCAAAUAAAUAAGAAAUUAUUUCAUAACUAGCAGAGAUGCCAUAUGUUUCAAACUCGGUAUCCAUUGCAUCUGAUGACUACAAACAGAUGUUUCAUCUCAUUUCACUAAAGUUUUCUUAUUUUAUCUUUUUACAGGUGCUCCAGAUAUCUCUGGACAAAGACAGCAAGUUUGACAAAUAGCAGUAAGGAAAUUUGCGUGAGGAUGCAACUACUGAACUAGCUGGUAAUUUUGGCAGUUUGUAGACUUUGCUUCCAAGAUUGGAACUGGUAUGAUUCAGGUCUUGUAACUUAAAUCAUACCUUAGAGUAUUGGGUUAUAUUAUUUCAUAUUCUGUUGGACUGAUUUUCGUAAUUUUUUCAAAUCCCCUUAAUACCAAAAGUUCAUCUUGAUGCAUAUUUAUAAUUUAGAACUAUUCCAUGUUCUUUUUAAGUCGAUUGAUACCUAAUUUGUUUAUUUUUCAAUGUCUUGAGCCCUGAAGCAGUUUCAAUGAAGGUUCAAAUUAAACAGAGCCCCAAGACAAUACAUAGAGUAACUCCUGCAACAUGGUUUCCACUUCAGCAUCUGAUUAUUAUUUAGCCAAGAUAAAUUCAUUAAGCCUGUAACUAAGCUUGGCAGUAUAAGUAACUUGGGAAAAAGGGUUCCGUUGCAUUUUGAAAGUUUGAUGGUUAAGACUUCCAGAGCAAGCACACUAGACCUGGCAUAGAUGCAACAGAGUAGGGGCAAAGGUGCAUUGAUGUUGCAACAGAUAAGAUGUCUGAUUUAUAUUCAUCCCUUCUUCAGUCUUUGCAUGUAUGCAUGCGCAGUAAUUUGCAAGUAUGCAUGCACAGUAAUAUGGACAACUGAACUCACGCAGGGCUGAGGUUUGCUAUCAGUUAGUAUUAUUUUUAUUUAACUAAAUAAAGGUAUGCACGUA